GUUAGUGAUUCUGUUAGAGUGAGACCCAACGAAGCCUGAAACUCCUUGGCGUUGAACAAAAGCGCCGAACUCAUUGCUUUCAAAAUUUAAACCUACUCAGUGAGACGAAAACACGUACCCUUUCUUCCUCGGGUCUCAGAGUGGCAUAUUAUAAAGAUUUGAUGCAGAAUGGCUACAACCAGAGCUCGAAUUAGUAGCUUCUCUCGCAAUGUAUCAACAGUGACAUCUCAGAAUCCUGGACUUAAGCAUGGCCCUAAUGGAACAAUGCUCAUUUCAUCUGGGAUUCCCGAUCUUGACAAGAUUUUAGGUGGUGGUUUUCCAUUGGGUAGCCUUGUCAUGGUUAUGGAAGAUGAAGAAGCACCUCAUCAUAUGCUUUUAUUGAGAAAUUUUAUGUCUCAAGGACUUGUACAAAAGCAACCACUCUUGUAUGCUAGUGCAUACAGAGAUCCUAAAAGAUUUCUUGGUACUUUGCCUAGUCCAGCAUCGUCCAAAGGGGAUAAAUCUUCAGAUCUUAGCCAUGAGAAGGAUAUAAGAAUUGCUUGGCAAUACAAGAAGUACUUUGUUGAUUCUCAGCUGAAUCUCAACACUAAUAAUGGUGGUCAGCAGGAUUACUGUAAUGAUUUUGAUUUGAGAAAGCCCCUGGAUCGGCAUUAUUUUAGUGGCAGCAAUGUAGAUUGUGUUUGCUUCAAAGAUUCUCCAAACCUUAGUGCUCUUCAAGACAGUUGUGCUGAAUUUCUAGCUAAACUCUCAAGAAAUGAAGGCAACAUUUCCUCCGCUGGUCGUAUUGCUAUUCAAUCAUUAUGUUCUCCACAGUGCAAGUAUUCAAAUGAUGAGUGGCAUAUGCUUUCCUUUAUUAGGUCCCUAAAGAGCAUGACUCAAUCUUCAAACGCUGUUGUUGUUGUAACCUUUCCACCUUCACUUCUUUCUCCAUCUUGUUCACUAAGAUUGCAGCAUAUGGCAGACACCUUGCUUUCUGUCAGAGCCAUUCCAGAUGAGGACAAGGAACUGGCAAAACUCCUCACUGGUUACCAGGAUAUGAUAGGGCUUAUAAACAUACACAAAGCUGCACGGUUAAAUACACAGGUUCCAGUGAUUCUGGAGGCUACAACGUUCUCAAUCAAAUUGCAAAAGCGGAGGUUUUUGGUCUUAGAAUGUCUAAAUCAAGCCCCAGUUGAUGGAUCAAGUGGAAGUUCAUAUGGUACAUCUGGCGGUUGUUCUGGGUCAUCUAAAGUUGGGACACUUGAUUUUUAGAUCAUACCUUAUUUUUACAUCUGGCGGUUGUUCUGGGUCAUCUAACUGAACACUUGUAACAACCAAACAGAUUCUAACUUAUAUCUUUUUGUUCUUUUGAUAAUCAAAUGGUUUCACUAUUGGUUCGUCUGUAAUGUACAGGUUUAAAAGAUAGUGUACAAUUGAAAAUGUUGAGUGUCAGGG